UCCAACUCAAACAAUUUGGGAAAAGCCAAAAGGAAAUUUUAUUCUUGAUAUGGCUUGUCUUUCCCAAUUGCCAUCCAAGUUCCUACACUGUUUUUCCACCAUUAAAAAUAGAAGAUAAAGACAAAAGCUAAAUUGGCCCACUUAUGUAUGCGGAUUCUUUCAUGGGAACCAAACAUCAAAGAAAGUUCAUGUUUCUCUUUUGAUUAUCUUCAAACUUUUUCUAAGGCUUUUGCAUGGCAAGUGUAGUUGACUGAGUCCAAUUAUAAAGUUGUCAAGUUUUGGUGUGCGCAUGCUCCUAAACACAUGCAUGCACAGAGAAUUAAAAGCAUAAAAUUUAUAAGAAAAAACAAAUUUGGGUUAGUUUGGAUUUUGGAUUGUUGGUCAGCACUGUGUCAUCUUAUUUUAAAGGAAGUUCGCUGAAAUUUUGAGUUUUCUGGGAAAACCAGAGAGAAAAUUUGGAUUGUUUCUUUCUGGGUUUUAAGGCAAACAAGAAGAAGAGUUUGAACAGCAAAAAUGGUGACCAGAACGGUGGAUCUUCGAUCUGAUACAGUCACAAAACCAACUGAGGCAAUGAGGGCUGCAAUGGCAACUGCUGAAGUCGAUGAUGAUGUCUUCGGUGUUGACCCGACAGCCUUCCGGUUAGAAUCAGAGGUGGCAAAGACGAUGGGCAAGGAAGCUGGUCUAUUUGUCCCAUCAGGCACUAUGGGUAACCUCAUAAGUGUUCUUGUUCAUUGUGAUACAAGGGGAAGUGAAGUCAUUCUUGGAGACAAUUCCCAUAUCCAUAUUUAUGAGAAUGGUGGUAUUUCAACAAUUGGAGGUGUACAUCCAAGGCCAGUGAAGAAUAAUGAAGAUGGAACAAUGGACAUCAAUUUGAUUGAAGCCGCCAUUAGAGACCCAAGAGGAGAGCUAGUGUUCCCAACGACAAGGCUCAUUUGCUUGGAAAAUUCACAUGCAAACACUGGGGGUAGAUGCUUGUCUGCGGAGUACAUAGACACAGUUGGUGAACUAGCUAAGAAGCACGGACUGAAGCUUCACAUUGAUGGGGCUCGCAUUUUCAAUGCAUCUGUGGCACUCGGAGUUCCUGUUCAUAGGCUUGUACAAGCUGCUGAUUCAGUCUCGGUAUGUCUAUCAAAAGGUCUGGGUGCUCCAGUUGGAUCAGUCAUUGUUGGUUCCAAAAGCUUUAUUACCAAGGCACGAAGACUUCGGAAAACCUUAGGUGGUGGGAUGAGGCAGGUUGGUGUUAUUUGUGGUCCUGCUUUGGUUGCUUUGCACGAGAAUCUCGGAAAGCUUGAAGGUGAUCACAAGAAGGCAAAGAUGUUAGCAGAGGGGCUAAAUCAAAUUAAAGGUCUAAGAGUGAAUGUUGCUGCAGUGGAAACCAAUAUUAUAUAUGUUGACAUAGUGGAGGGAUCAAAAAUCACAGGAGAGCAACUCUACAUGAAUUUAAUGGAACAUGGUGUACUUGUGAUGCCAGAGGCCCCAUCCAGGAUGAGAAUUGUUCUUCACCACCAAAUUUCAUCAAGUGAUGUGCAGUACACUUUGUCAUGCUUUCAGCAAGCUUUCACUGGAGUGCAAGAACAAAAUGGCAACUAAGCUAGCUCAUGUUUCACUGGAGCCGGUUGAACUCAGCAACAUGAUUAGAUUUAUCAUAAAUUAUAUAAAUCCAUUUGUAUUAAUUAGCUCUAGAUUCCAUCAUAUUCUCUUUGCAGCCUAAAUCCUUUGUUAUACCUUGGCAAACUGAACCACCAAGGCUAAUCUCAGAAUAAUAAAGCAUAGUUCUCUUAUAGUUGGUAAUAUGUUCUUUUCAUCUUACAUGAAACAAUUGGCAAUGAAUCAAGCAGAUGCAAAGAUUUAGGGACCCAGGUUGCACCAUCCCUCUGGGUUGGACCCAUAUCAGGCUCAUAAAAGCCCCAUCAAAUGUGAUUUGACCUUGGACCAGGCUUAUAUGUAAAUUCUUAAUUUGCCCUUCU